AUGUGUGGUAUUUGUUGCGUUGUUACCUUGUGUAGCCAGCGUGCUAUUUGUGGUUUCUUUAAUGAAGACAUCCUUUACCGUCUUAGAAGAAGAGGACCAGACAGUAGCCAACAAUUGAUAAAAACUGUGCCCGAUCUCUCUUAUGAGUGUCUGUUUUCUGGCAACGUACUUCACUUGAGGGGAGUAGUGACGACUCAGCCUCUGGAAGAUGCCAAUAACAAUGUAUUUCUUUGGAAUGGAGAGGUUUUCAACGGAGUGCAUGUAGGAGAUCAAGAGAAUGACACUAAAGUAAUGUUUCAUCAUCUUGGAUCAUGCAGCAGUGAAGUGGACAUUUUGUCACUCUUUUCAUCACUUCGAGGUCCAUGGUCUUUUGUUUUUUAUCAAGCAUCUAGACACAGUUUAUGGUUUGGUAGAGAUUAUUUUGGUCGUCGUAGUUUGCUUUGGCAAUUCGGUACUGAAGAUGACAGUGCUUUAUGUCUCACAUCUGUAAGUGCCUGUGCUGAGUCAGCUAACCGAUGGCAGGAAGUGCCAGCAUCUGGAAUUUUCAAAAUUGAUCUCAAAGCUUGUGCAAGAACUACAUCUUUGUCUUUAACAUUAUUUCCGUGGAAGCACAGCUGCACAGAGAGAGCAGUAGAAGAAAUAUUCAUUAAUGUUCUGGACCAAGUCUCAAAAGAUUUGCCAAACCAUGUAUGCAUUGAAAUGAAUGAAUCAAGGCAAUGUCUCAGAGCACCAGUUAUCCCCUUAAAUAAAACAAUUUCUGAAGCUUCGGGUGAAUGCCCAGGCACUAAUAUUAGCAAUGUUAUCCAUCCAGUUUCUGUAGAAACUCUUCAAGGAUUUCUUGCAGAGGAACAUAAGAAAAAAAUAGUCCAUCAGUUUAUUGAUAUCUUAAGUGAAGCAGUGAAGAGACGUGUUUUAUCUCUCUUUAGGGACGAAGAUCAGGAAGUAAGAGAAGCUCCAAGCAUGCCUAAAAGGAAAGCACAUAUUGCAGUGCUGUUUUCUGGUGGUGUUGAUUCUAUGGUUAUUGCAGCCCUUGCUGAUAAACAUGUGCCUUCAGAGGAACCAAUUGAUCUUCUCAAUGUAGCUUUCAUGAGAAAAAAGCAAGAUAAGCAAAAGGAUACCACUAAAAAACAUACCAACCAGGAAGUACAGCUUGAUUUGCUUUGUCCUCGAGAAAGCUGUCAAGAUCUUGGUGAUAAAACUGCUGCUCAUUUACCUUGUUUUGAUGUGCCUGACAGAAUCACUGGUAGGGCAGGACUGAAAGAAUUAGCAGCCAUUAACCCUUCAAGAACUUGGAACUUUGUCGAAAUCAAUGUUACUCUAGAGGAACUGAAAAAAACCAGACAACAAUGCAUUAAUCACUUGAUUUAUCCACUGAAUACAGUCUUGGAUGACAGCAUUGGCUGUGCAAUUUGGUUUGCUUCCAGAGGGGAGGGUUUUAUUAGUAACCAAGGAGAACUGAAACCAUACAAAAGUCUGGCAAAGGUUGUGCUUACAGGAAUUGGAGCAGAUGAGCAGCUUGCUGGAUAUUCUCGACAUCGUGUUUGCUUCAAAAAAAAUGGCUUAGAAGGUCUGAAUAAAGAACUUGAAAUGGAGUUAGAUCGCAUUUCUUCUAGAAAUCUUGGUAGAGAUGACAGGAUUAUUGGUGAUCAUGGAAAAGAAGCCAGGUUUCCUUUUCUUGAUGAAGAUGUUGUUUCAUUCCUCAGUUCUCUGCCCAUCUCAGAAAAAGCUGACUUGACUUUACCUCGAGGAAUUGGUGAGAAAUUGCUUCUGCGCCUUGCAGCCAAGGAGUUGGGUCUUACAGCUUCAACCAUUUUGCCAAAAAGGGCUGUACAGUUUGGAUCUCGGAUUGCAAAACUAGAGAGCAAUGGUGAAAAAGCAUCCAGUACAACAGCAGACUGAAGUUGUUUUCAGUGGAUUAAUUAUAAAGCUGCAUCUUGAGAUAUUGCAUUUAUUCUAUAUGCAAAUUCAGUAAAUCUUUGGAGUUUUCUUUGAA